AGUUUACUUUCCAGUAACGAAAGCAAUCUACAGCAAAGAUGAAAUUUCUUCUAAUUGCCAUCGUGAUAGUUUUAUCUAUCUCCUGCUCAUCCGCAUAUCCGCAUUGGGUCAACGGUGGAUUGGGCGGCUUAGGAGGAUGGAGAGGUCAUGGAGGAUGGAGCGGCUUAGGAGGAUUGAACGGCCUAACAGGAUGGGGCAGUAAUGUUGGAUGGAGUAACCCAAUUGGAUUGGGAGGACAUAUUCCGAUAUCACAUUUCGGAGGAGGAUAUGGUCAUAUUGGUCAUGGCGGAUUGGGACUUCUUCCAUGUUAAACGCUAUUCGCUUUUGAAGGUACCAGGUUCUAAUAAAAUUGUAUUUUACUAAUAAUUUCUAAUUGAAAAUAUAAAAUCGU